AUCCCAAGAUGGCGGCCCCGUAGCUCGGCGGUGCUGACUGCAGGGACGCGUGAAAGCGAGCGGAACCGAGGGUACCGGGAGCGGCCGUAGCGGUUCCCCUCGCUUUGCCCUCGCGCCAUGCCUCACAAGAAAAAGAAAUCCUUCAUAGAGAAGAAGAAAGCAGUAACAUUUCACUUAGUGCACAGAAGUCAGAGGGAUCCACUUGCUGCUGAUGAUACAGCACCCCAGAGAGUUCUGCUACCUACACAGAAAGGGCAUGAGGAGCAAAGGAGAGAAGAGCAGCGGAAAUAUGGAGUCUUCUUUGAUGAUGACUAUGACUAUCUGCAGCAUCUAAAAGAAGCUUCUGGUCCCUCUGAGCUUGUCCCUUUUGUGCGUGGACAGCAAAACAGAAUUGUUAUCACAACUGAAGGGCACAUUGAGGAUGAAAUUCAGCGAAUUCCAGCUCCGUCUAUUAAGUUGCCUUCCUCAGUAUUUGCCACAGAGUUUGAAGAGGAUGUGGGCUUGUUAAAUAAAGCUGCUCCUGUUUCAGGACCACGACUGGAUUUUGACCCUGAUAUUGUUGCAGCUCUUGAUGAUGAUUUUGACUUUGAUAAUCCAGAAAAUAUUCUGGAAGAUGAUUUUGUUCUACAAGCAAAUGAACUGCAGAAAUGGGGAUCAGGUACUGAGGAUGAAGAUGGAUGGGAAGAUGUGGAAGAUGAUAGUGAUGAAAAGGAUAGUUGCAGUAAUGAUAAAGACUAUGAUUCAGAAGGUCCUUUAUCAGAUGAUAGGGCUAAUGGACAGACAAAAGAAUUUCUUUUUAUGCAAGAAGAAACCAAGAGUCGUUUCACAGAAUAUUCUAUGACAUCUUCAGUAAUGAGAAGGAAUGAGCAGUUAACCCUUUUGGAUGGCAGAUUUGAGAAGUUUUUUGAACAAUUUGAUGAAGAUGAAAUUGGAGCCUUGGAUAAUGUGGAGUUAGAAGGCUAUAUUAAUACAGACAACACUCGAUUGAAGGAAGUCCUGAAUGAUUACUACAAAGAGAAAGCAAAGAAUUGUGUGAAAUUAGAUACUCUUGAACCCUGUGAAGAUUUGGGCUUUGCUGUGAAUGAAGAAAGUGAGGAAGAGAAGGAAGAAAUAGUAGCUGUAGUUAUUGAGGAACCAGCAGAAAAGUGGGAUUGUGAAACCAUUUUGAGUACAUACUCAAACUUAUAUAAUCACCCAACACUUAUUAAGGAGCCAUCAAAGCCCAAACCAAUAAAGGUUUCCCAGAAGACUGGAAUUCCUCUACAUAUUUUGCCUCAGAAAGGUCUUACUGCUAAGCAGGUUGAACGCAUGCAGAUGAUUAAUGGCAGUGACCUGCCAAGAGCAUCAACACAGCCACGUUCCAAAGAUGAGAGCAAAGAGGAUCGCAAAGCUAGAAAGCAGGCAAUAAAAGAGGAGCGAAAGGAACGCAGAAUGGAGAAGAAAGCCAAUAAGAUGGCCUUCAAAUUGGAAAAAACAAGGCAAGAAAAAGAGUUGCUCAAUCUGAAACAAAACAUUCAAGGACUGAAGCUGUCUUGAUGAAACUGAGGAAUUUAUUGUGGAAAUAUCCUUAAGUUUUAUUUGUUUUGAGAAGGGAACUGCUAACUCAUAUCUUUGCCAGUCAUGUGCAAAGAGGGUUAUUCAUAUGUUACUGUAACAAGAACCAGUAAGUUUUAAUUAUUUCUGUAAUGAAGUUAUAUAUAAAACAAUGUAUUCCUGAUGUCUAUUCUGUCCAGAGUGACAUGGCAACUGUUGCAAAGUUUCAUUACAGUAGAAAUGUAUUAAAAUUAUAAAAAAAUAUUUUUCUUAUUAUCACUAGACAGUUUUAUAUAUGUAUAUUUGUUGAAUGUAUUCAACAAAUAAUCAGAAUGCUACAGAUUUUAUCUGAUGAGAUUAUUUAAUUAUUUCCAUUUGCAAAGCAA